AUGGCAUUGGAAUUUACUCUUCCGACAGCCUUGAUCCUGAUAGACAACCAAUCAGGCUUCUCCGACCCAAAGACAAUAUCCCAUUGGGGCACACGAUCCAACCCGAAUUAUGAAACCAACCUUCAAGCACUUCUCUCCGCAUUCCGAGUUGCAAGAUCCUCAUCUUCAACGCCGCUGGAGGUGAUGCACGUUUUUCACUCUUCCACAACUCCCGAAUCUCCGUUCCACCCCUCCAACCCUGGACAGGGUCUCCGUCCUUUAGACUUUGCCACCCCUGCCUCAGAUGGGUCGGAACCUGUCUUUUGGAAAAGUGUCAAUUCCUCUUUUAUCGGUACUGGGCUUGAAGCGCAUUUGCGUGAAAAGGGAUUCCGUCAGCUUAUCAUUGCUGGGUUGACGACUGAUCAUUGUGUUUCAACUACUGUACGAAUGGCCGCUAAUCUCGGGGUUGUGGAUCGGUAUCUUGAAGAUGGGCCUGUCCGGUUAAGAUCGGAUGGGACUCAUGAGAAUGAUCCAAAAAUCGAUAAGGGGCGUAUUGUGCUUGUUGAGGAUGCCACGGCUACCUUUGGCAAGGCUGGAAUUGAUGCGGAAACUAUUCAGAAGGUUUCUGUUGCUAGCCUCGAUGGUGAAUUUGCGGAUGUAUUUGCCACAAAGGAGGUUACUGAGGCUUUGAGCAAAAUCCAAAGCUAG